AUGAAUGAUCCUGGUCUCGACGAUGCGAUCGCAGACGAAGCUCAUGCUCUCGAUCACAACUCCUCGCCGGACGAAAAGGAUAACAGUCGUGAGAUCGAUGCCAGUCAUCCACAUGCGGCAAGAUGGUGGCUCGCCAGUACCGCUUAUCCGUUGAUCGCGGGCACAUUUGGGCCAAUGUCUAGUGCUUUCAGUAUUUGCUCGUUGUCGCAACCUUGGCGCAUGGAAUUAUUGCCCGGAGGUGGAGAGCGAGAUGUUCCAGAUCCACACUGGGUAACUUCGAUCAACGCCGUCUCGCUGGGGUUUGCGCUCAUUGCAAACUUGGCCCUGUCCCUGAAUAUGGCCAAACGGAUUCGAUUUGGGAUCGCCCAGCCGGUUAUCAUCGUUGGGUGGUAUAUAUCGUCUCUGCUUCUGCUUGGAGAUCUGAUUGCAUUAGGUGUCUUGAUGUAUAGACCCGAGAAUGCGGGGCGCACCUACACGCAGACGUACUUCUACGGAACUUUUGCUGCUGGGCUCUACUUCAUCAUCGCGACUAUGAUGUUAGUCACAGCAUGGGGAGCUCACAAGGGUCAGUAUAGCCGAGAGUACAAGCUCACCACCAGUCAGCGGACACUGAUGCUGCAAACGAUCAUAUUCUUCAUUUAUCUCCUCGGCGGCUCGGCUGUCUAUGCCAGAGUUGAAGGCUGGAAGUUCAUGGACGCUGUGUACUGGGGCGAUUUCACCUUACUUACAGUUGGUAUUGGCAAUUUUGCCCCGGCUACUCAUUUGGGUCGAGGGCUCCUGUUCCCUUACGCCGUUGGCGGCAUUAUCAUCCUCGGUCUGAUCAUCUCAUCAAUCCGGACGUUGAUGCUGGAGCAUGGACGAGAAAAGGUUGCGAACCUUAUCACCGCGCACACUCGAAAGAUUUUGUUGAAACAAGCCUACGACAAGGACACACAGUCUCGAUUAGUGCCGAAUCUGCACGCCGAUCCCGAUGACAUGACUGAGAUGAGUGCUCGCGAACGACAGAAGCGGGAAUUCAUUACCAUGCGGCGCAUCCGCCAAGUGGCCACUGUCCAACAUAAAUGGGUCUCGCUCAUCACUUCGUUGGUUGUCUGGAUGGCGUUGUGGCUCCUUGGCGCUCUGGUAUUCUGGCGCUCGGAGAUCAAUCUCGGAUGGACAUACUUUGAGGCUUUAUACUUCGCAUACGUGACACUACUGACGAUUGGGUUUGGAGAUAUCUAUCCAACUACAAGUCUGGGCAAAGCGUUCUUCGUUUUCUGGUCUCUCCUGGCCGUUCCGGCAAUCACCAUUCUUAUCUCCAGCAUCGGCGACACCCUCAUCCGCAUCGUCAAGGACGCCACGCUCUUCCUUGGUGAAAUCACCAUUCUGCCCGGUGACCGAUCGUUGCUCGCGCGAGUCAAAGAUCUCGUGCGCAUCUCCUGGACCGAGAAAUGGCUGCAAGAGACUACAGGCGAAGAAAACGACCCCCGAGUGUUCCUCGGCGACACGGACGAAGACAGUGAGCGCGGGAUCGCCCGUACUCGUCAGGGCACCGCCGAAGCCGAAGAACACAGAAAAGAAGAAUCUGCCCACCGGCGUGGUGACUUGGCCGCCGAAAACAUCCAUCACUACCACUACCUGCUGUUCCGCGAGAUUCGCAAACUCAUUGACCUGACGACCAGAAACCUUUCCAAAGAAUUUGACUAUCUGGAAUGGGAAUACUAUCUGGCCUUGAUCUCGGGACAAAACAAGCCCUGCAACAACGUGUCCGGAAACACAGCCCAGGCAAAAGAGCACGCAAAACGGCUGGAGAAAUACCGAAAUUGGAGCUGGCUCGACAAGAAAAGCCCCCUACUCGGAAGAGAAAGUGAGGUUGAGUGGUUACUGAAAGCAUUGACGGAAGCCAUGGAAUGCGAAUUGAAAGCGAUGACUCUUGAUCAUCAAACCACGAAAGAGAGUGGUGUAUCCCGGCGUGUCUCUGGGGAUGAGACGGCCAAGGGUAAGGUGGAUCGCAGUGGACUCAAGUCCAGGGAUGGAUUCGAGGUUUGA